GGGGCCGCGCGGCGGGGCGGGCCCAUGGGCGGGGCCUCCCGCCCGGGGAGGGGCGCGGGGUCCGCGCGCGCCGGCCAUGCCGCGCUCCCGCCGAGGCGCCCGCCGUGGCCCCGGCAUCGGCCGGGCGUGCUCGCCCCCCAGUGAGGAGGAGGCCGGCAGCGAGGUGCUGAGCCACUGCAGCAGCGCCAGCGAGGGUGCCAGCCCCGCCGAGGAGGGCGCAGGUAACGAGGCGGCGGGUGAGCAAGGCCAGGAGGAGGAAGAGGCAGAGGACAGACUGAAGGAGCACAUGGACAACCUCCUGGAUAAGAGCGCCAAGACACGGCAGGUGGCACUGCAGAGCCUGCGCCUGACCUUCUCCUCCAAAACGCUCUCUGAGUUCCUGCUGGAGCGCCGCCUCACGCUCACUGACUCCCUGGAGAAGUGUCUCAAGAAAGGUCUGGGUGCAGGUAAAGGGGAGGAACAGGCGCUGGCAGGCACCGUCCUUACCCUCCUCUGCCUCCAGAUGGGCUCCGGCCCAGAGGGGGAAGAGGUGUUUCGCAGCCUGAAGCCCCUGCUCAUCAGCGUCCUGACAGACAGCAUGGCCAGCCCCAGUGCCCGGCAGAGCUGUGCCACAGCCCUGGGCAUGUGUUGCUACAUUGCUGCUGCUGACCUCGAGGACCUGGUCUUGUGCCUGUCCUGCUUGGAGGGUGUCUUCAGCCCGCCCAGCACAGGUGAGGGGGGCUCAGCACCCACCCAGCACGGCCCUCUGCACUGCAGCGCACUCCAGUCGUGGUCCCUGCUCCUUACCAUCUGCCCCCCAUCGCACAUCAAGAAUGUCUUGGACAAUCGCUGGCUGAAGCUGCCCCCACUGCUGUCCAGCAGCAAUGUUGUGCUACGCAUCCUGGCUGGAGAAACUAUCGCACUGGUCUUCGAGCUGGCCCAGUAUGUGGAGGAGGACUUGUGCCACCAAGAUACAGAAUUCCUGCGUGUCCAGCUCAAAGUCCUGGCUACUGAGAGCAACAAGUACCGAGCCAAGACGGACAGACGGAAGCAACGUUCCAUAUUCCGGGACAUCCUGCGCUUCAUUGAGAGUGGAGAGUACCAGGAGGAGACUGUCCGAUUUGGCCUGGAGUGCAUGUACCUGGACAGCUGGGCACGCCAGCGGACCUACCAAGCCUUUAAAGAGGUGCUGGGCUCUGGCAUCCGCCACCACCUCCAGAACAAUGAGCUGCUACGGGAGAUCUUUGGCCUUGGGCCCCCCUUGAUGCUGGAUGCGGCUGCUCUGAAAGCCAGCAAGGUUUCCCGCUUUGAGAAGCACCUCUACAACUCGGCUGCCUUCAAAGCCCGCACGAAAGCCCGGAGCCGGGUGCGGGACAAGCGGGCAGACGUGCUGUGAUGGGCGGAGGGGGGCAGAGCCCCCAGCCCACCUGGACUGCAGACCCAGCACUGUGAGGGGCAGGUGCCCCUGCCCUUGGGCUUUUAUUCAUGUACAGCAGAGUAUUUAAUGCCUGGAGCUGCCCCGUGGGGGGCUGCCCCCUCUUUUAUUUUUUUAACCAAAAAAAAAAAAGGGGUAAAAAGAGCAGGGUGGGAGGUGGUGGUGCGCUGCUGUGUGCCUGCUCUGUGGCUGGGGCUCCACAUGGCACAGCAGGAGGUGUUCUCACAGGGCUCCUACAGCCCCUUUUGGAAGUGGAGCUUGUGUUCCCCCUCCCCAGUCCCACGGGAGCACCGGGGUGGCCUGGCACAGCCUGAAGGGCUGCAGGUUGGGCAGAGCCAUGCAGGGCUGCUGGGCAGCUGGCCCUGGUGUCCGUGCUUGUGGCAGGAGCACACCCCCAGCUCCCCUCUGCCACACUGGGCACAGCCCCUGCCUCUGCAAGCCGGCCUGGCACCCAGGGUUGAUGGCAGAGCAGCACAGCAUGGCAGGCUCUACCCAGCCCUGCCAGCUGCCUGCCCUGAGCCCUUUUCCAGCCAAAUGCUUUAUAUGAAAUAGUCCUGGUGUGGGAAACUAAUUAUGGGGGGGUGGUAUGGCAGGCGAGUCCUGGUGCUGCCUGUGCAGCCUCUGGGGCUGCUGCCCGGGCGGGUAUGGGGCUGUGCCAGCUGGGAGUGCCUGCUGCCCUGGGAAUGUAUCUAUGUUGGUGAUGUUCUAAGACUUUGAUGACAGAGGUAAUUAAAAGGCUAAUUGGA